GUCCCGUUCUCCCGCAGAAGCAGGACAGCCACCGGCGGUUGGAGUAGUUCUUGCUCCGCUACAGCGGCAGCAAUCGUCCCGGAACGGCUCCCGACCUGCCUCUAGGGAGCCAACGGCGCGCAGCGAAGGCGAGGGGCUUUCAGUUGUCCCAUCCCGCCCCGGGCGGUUAUCGGAGGCGUAUGACGUGCAGAAGCCAGUGGGCAAGGGAGGCUAUGCGGUGGUAUAUAAGGGCAUCCGGCGGGAGGAUGGUCGGGUCGUUGCUGUCAAGAAGGUCGAGAUCUUUGAGAUGAGCGCCAAGAAGCGCGAGCGGUGCCUCCAGGAGGUGACCCUCCUGCAGCAGCUGGACCACCCCAACAUCAUUCAGAUGCUGGACGCCUUUAUUGAUGAGAACAUGCUCAUCAUCGUGUUCGAGUGGGCCCCUGCAGGUGACCUAAAGCGCCUGAUUAAGAAGACGGCAGAGCAGGGCAAGACGCUUGACGAGCCGUCCAUCUGGACCUUGUUUUACCAGGUGACUGACGGUCUACGCUACAUGCACCAGCACCGCAUUAUGCACCGUGACAUCAAGCCUGCCAACGUGCUGGUGGGCGCCAACGGGGCGCUCAAGCUGGGGGACCUGGGACUGGGCCGCCAGCUCAGCGAGCAGACGAUGGAGGCAUUCUCCAAGGUCGGGACGCCCUACUACGUGUCGCCCGAGGUGGUGCGGGGCGCGGGGUACGACUGGAAGAGCGAUGUGUGGUCCAUGGGCUGCCUGCUGUACGAGCUGGCGUGCCUGCGGUCGCCGUUUGAGAUGGAGGGUGCUAACCUGUACGACGUGUUCCAAAAGAUCUCCAAGGGCGAAUACAGCCCACUGCCUACCGACCAGUUCUCCGCGCCGCUGCGCAGCCUGGUGGGCCGCAUGCUGCAGAUUGACCCCUCGAAGCGCCCCGAGCUGGAAGAGGUGUGGCGGAUCACAAGCUCGGCGGUGCAGUCCCAGUCUCGCACUCGCUCGGACGUGCACGGGGCCGCCGCGGAGCUGUACGAGCAGCUGGUGCUACUGUCCAGCGAGGUGGCCGCCAGGGUGAAGGGCAAGGCGCCGCCGCCCACGCCGCCAACCGGCCGGCGAGCCUCCUCAGCCUCUGGAGCCGCGGCGGCGGCGGCGCUGGCGGGCUCGCUGGCCCCUCCGCCCUUGGAAACCAUCCGCAGCCUUCACCCAUUGUACUUUUCGGAGCCGCUGGUGCCGCCGCUGCGCUCAGACUCGGAUGCAUUUCAGAAGCAGCAGCUGGGCGCCUUUAUGCACGUGAUGGCUUGGCUGCUGCGACUCAACGGCAAGGCGGACGGAGCCGCCGCCAUAGAGGCCAACCUGGAGCUGGUCCCGGCGCCACGCGCGCCGACGGCAUGCUUGGCGGCAGCGGCGGCCGGUCGCAGCGUCGGCGCUGCCUCGGCGGGCCAGCAGCUGCCCAUGUGCACCAACGUGCUGAAGGGUGCUGAGGCCGCAAAGCGGGGCGCGCAGCUGCUGGACCUGAACACAGAAUUCGCGCCGGUGAACGCGAUUGCGCUGGGUCACGGGCGCGCCGUGUGUGGACUGCUGCAGGACGCAUUGGCGCUCAGCGUGCAGCGGGUGCCACUUCUAGUGCGGCCGCCUCAGAGGCAAGAUGAGGCAGCUGCGGAGGAGGUGUCGGAGGAGGCAGGCGCAAUGGAGGGGCCUGCAGGGUCGAUGAUGACUACAGCAGCGGCUGAUGCAGGGCCCAGCAGCGAUGAAGAUGAGGAGGCAGAGUACCUUGACGGGACGGCAGCGGACAGACAGCGUGCCUUUGACUCGCUGGCCCCCGGAGCCGCCAGCAGCAGUGGCGCAGCGGCGCCUGAGGGCAGGGCAGGGAAGGGACGCAAGGGGCGAGCAGUGGCUGCGGGGACCCAGGUGGACCCAGUGGCAUGGCGGCAGGAAUUGGAGCGGUUGACGCCGCAGCUGAACCGCAUCAAGAUCUCGGCUGAGGCGGCAGCUGGGGACUGGUCGCAGCGGUGGCAGCAGACGAAGGAGCUGCUGGCCGCGCUGGCUUCUGCAACACCGGAUGCCAGGACCUCGCUGGGGAAGCUCGGCAGCGGCGUGUCUCGGGACUUGGAACGAAUUGACAUGACGGAACGACGACUCAACGACAGCACAGUUAGCCUUAUGGAGCAAUACGCGGCCAGUCGGCGGCGGCUGGCGGACCUGCAGCGUGAGCGGCAGCACCACGACGAGCUGCUUGAAAUCGGGCACUCGGCGCUGGCACAGCUGGCGGAGCGGAUAGAGGAGGUGCAGCUAGCCAUACAGGACAAGACUGACGGCCUUGACGGCUCGCGUCAGAUCAGCCUGAUACAUGACACCAUGCGUACCAUGCGCAAGGAGAUGCGGCGGAUGGACGUGCGCAUUGGUGUGGCCCGGCACGAACUGUGGGCCAAGCAGACGGGGCGCACCCUAAAGCUGGGUGCGGGGAUCCUGGACGAUGAUGAGGAGGACGGCCAGGAGAACGAGAUGGGUUGAGGGCUGCCUGUCGUAGCGGCAGUGGAAUGAGGAGGAUUACGGGAAGUAGGGGCUUGAUGUCAGGACCGUUGCGUACGAAUGGCAGGUGGGCAUACGACGUGACUACCUAGGACUGAUACGUUGCAGGAGCACGUGCGCGGAAAGACGAGAAGGCACGUUACGAGCCGUGUCUAACGGGUUGUGUCGGGCGCAUGUCUGUAAAUGUGGAGUGGUUGCAAGUUCUACACAGGUUUACCCGCAAGCGGGCGUUUCAUGGAACAGAUUGUGAACAGGCUCGGCUGCAGCUACGAGGUUGCCUCGUGCAUGUGUCCUCCUUGCAGCUGCUCAUAUAAGGAUUUCCUAUGGGUGUAUAGUGGCCCGUAGCAGUUCCUUGAGUUGAUAAACAUCGAUGUCAAGGACGUGAAGGGGGAAUAUAAGAGAUAUGUGGCAGCUUAUGCAGUGCUGCAUCCGAAUGGAAUUAUGCGGGAAGCGCUGCGGCAUGGGCAAUGGAGUGCUAGUGGGCCCCGCCAUACAUUGCCUUUUGGCCACCCUUUGCCAUGCGUGGUGUAAGCUAGUGGCAUGCCCCAAACCCAACUUGGCAGCGCGCCAGUUUUGGCACGGCUAUGCCAUUAAGGCCCAG